ACUACAAAAUUCAGUCGCACGCCAGACUUGCCACAGGUCGGACGCACCCAAGUGACUAGCAGUGUUUCAUAUUGUGAAGUGACAUCGUUUUGUGCAUUUGUUGUUUACGCACUAAACUGAAUUGUGAACGUUUUUUUGUGAACUAUUUGGAUAAUUCCGGAUAAGGAGUGCGAAAUUGCCGCAAAUAUUUUUAACCACAGCGAGGAUCCGUGCGGGCCGGGCGUCGUCCGCCGCAACAUGGUCGCCGAGUUCAUCCUCAGCCAGCAGCAGCUGCUGACCGCGGGGGGCGCAGCCCUGGGGCCCUCACCCUCGCCCUCCCGCGUGCCGCCUCCGUCGCGAGCACGCCUGUCAGUAUCACCCCACUUCCCGCUGGACCCGUCGCCGCAGCCCAGCCUGCACGGCGACCCCAACGAGUACGGCCCCAACUUCGACUUCUCCAAAAGGAAGGAGUUCUUCGGUCAGCGCAAGCAGCGGGAGUUCAUCCCCGACAACAAAAAAGACGACGGCUACUGGGACCGCCGGCGCCGCAACAACGAGGCCGCCAAGCGGUCCCGCGAGAAGAGGCGCUUCAACGACAUGGUGCUCGAGCAGCGCGUCGUAGAACUGUCCAAGGAGAACCACGUACUGAAGGCUCAGCUGGACGCCAUCAAGGAGAAGUACGGCAUCUGCGGCGAGACCCUCAUCAGCAUUGACCAGGUCCUGGCCACUCUGCCGACCUGCGAUCAGGCACUCUGCGUGACCAAGAGGACGAAGCUAUCGAGCGGGGCCCUAUACGCCCCGGUGCCCCCGCCGCCGGCGUCCGUCCCGCCCGCGUCGCCGCCGUCUCCGCCCCCACAGCGCGCCCCAGAGCCCUACCAGGAGAGGCUCCCGGCCCCCGAGUCGUUCUACCCCCACCCCGCCCACUACGAACCCCCGGGCUCGGUCCUCAACCUGUCCAGAUCUCGCCGCGCCCCUUCACCCUAUGAGCUGUCCUCCCUGUCGGGCUCCGGCGACGAGACCGCGGAGCCCUACGCCCCCGAGAACAACUGCCUCCCCCUCAAACUCCGCCACAAGUCGCACCUCGGCGACAAGGACGUGGCCAGCGCCCUCCUGUCCCUCCAGCACAUAAAGCAGGAGCCGGGGCCGCGGUCGUCGCCCUCGUGGGACGGCGAGGGCUCCAGCGACGAGCGGGAUUCGGGAAUCUCCCUGGGAGCGGAGUACAGGGGACCGCGGCCCGACGAGCGGCUGGCGGAGGAGGACGACGCGCACCUCAAGGCGGAGCUGGCGCGGCUGGCGACGGAGGUGGCGACGCUCAAAAACAUGAUGCACCAGAACAAGUCCCGCGCCAUGGAGCACUGAGGCCGGUCCUCGCCCGCUGCGCCUGAACCCGCAGCGACUCGCCGCCGCCCGAGGAGCGCCCGGACUGUCUCCCGCCCCUCCUCGUAGAAGUUACCACGAUGUAAAGAGAGAUAUAUUUGUAUGAUAUUGUGCAGCUGUACGCGGCUAAGUCGCAUCGCCUAACUGUAAUCCUUCCUAGUAGUUGUAUCGAUGUUAAUGUAAAGUAGUUCCCGCGGCCGGUGCGCGCUCUGCGCCGCGCCGGCGCGGGACCCCUGUUUACUAUAAGACUAAUUUUCGUUCGGUUUCAGACUUUUCGAGCAGAUAAAACUUAUCUACUCAGUGAUAGAUAUAAAAUGAUGCAUUUUUAGUGGUGAAACUAUGUAUAUGUUAAUUGUAAGCGCGGUAGAUCUGUUUCAUCUAUUCGAAGAUUCGUUAGAAAAUACGAUGGCUAAAGACUAUUUCAGUGUAAGUUAGGUUCUAAGUCAAUGUAAGCUUAGUUAAGUCGACCUAGAUGGUUAUUUAUAAUUGUAAACCUUAUUCUCAGGAACGUCUGAUUCCAAACCAAAAAACUAUCCUCCCCGAGAAGUCGCAUAUUUACAGAGUAUAUUCCGAUAAGGAUACCAGUGCCUUUACGAUACAUACCUACCUUGAAAAAUAUUUUUGUACAUUUAUUAGAGAAGCCAUUUUGUUCGAUAUUGCAUACGAUUAGAUAUCCGGAGACUGGACUCGAAGCUUAAACCGGGAAAUGCACAUUUGAACCGGCGCGAGCCGGCGAAAACUAGCUUGAGCCGGCUUUUACUAGUUUGAUCCGGUUAAAUUCGGAUAUUCAGUCGUGUGGCCCCACCAUGAGCGAUGUAAUCGUGAAGAGUAUUAUACGAGUAAUUUUUGUAAUAUUUGUAUACAUUUAGAGUCCGACCAUGGAUGGGGGUCAAAAGUAUUAUAAGUACUCGUAGUAGCCCAAGGCAUGUGAUAGGACUGAUGGAGCUAAGUAUUUAUUUAUUAAUGCCGCGAAAGAGGAUUUUACAAUUUAUUAUCUUUGUAUAAGAUACACUAUACGAUAUGAAUAAAUUGUGUACAUUAA